CAGUGCGUAGUUACGCUUGGUGAAAAAGACCCUAGUAGAAAACAAAGCGACUGUCGGUUAGUUGGAGGCUCAGCUUAGCUGAAGUGGGUUUUAUCUUAUUUAACGUUUAUAUAUUUUCUCUUUAGCGAUAAGAAUAGGAACAUAUCAAAGCUGCCUAUAGUUUUUUCUUGUUUUAUUUAAAUACUCCGCGGCCUAAGUUGGCUUCUUAUUAGGCGUAAGAUGGCGACAGCGGACGAGCCUCGGUACUACAACGAACAUGAUGAUCGAGUCAGUGGACCCAAGCACCGCCAUAGGAAAGGCAGGGGGCCCUUCAGAGCUCCUAUGUACAGUGACCAGAUCCAACGACCGAGGCAUCGUGGAGGGCAUGGAGGAGGAGGCGGCGGCGGAGGAGGAGGAGGUGGUGGAGGGGCUGGUCCCAGAUCAAGACUUGAGGAUAACGAUGGAGAUGUAUCCAUGGGAGAUGACACCUAUGAUGGCGGAUCCCAGCGAAGAUUUAAUCCUUAUGGACGACCACAGAAUCGCCGAGAUGGCCGUAGAGGUGGAAGAGAUGGCGGCGGCGGUGGUGGUGGUGGAGGAGGUGGAGGAGGAGGAGGAGGAGGAGGAGAUGGAGGAGGUGGUGGAGGAGGAGGAGGAGGAGGAGAUGGAGGCCGUAAAGGCUGGUCCAAGAUUUGUAUUCCCCAUGGGAAAAAAUAUGACAAGCAGUGGCUUCUCUCUGUCCUUCAGAAUCAUUGCUCCAUGCCCUUCAACGCAGUAAAUUACCAUCUUGAUGGCAACAGAGCACAGUUCUACAUUGAUGAUCCAAGCACAGCAAAUGCUUUGCAAAAAGUAUCCAGAAGAAUCACAGACAAGGAUGGUUAUAAGAUAACAGUUGUUACGAAUCCUUGCCCACCACCCAACUUUGUCCCUCAAGACCUAAAGCCAGAAGACCUUGAACACUUAAAGCAAUGCAUGUCAAAACGAUUUGAUGGUUCACAACAGGCUCUUGACUUGAACAACAUAAGAGUGGAUCCAGACUUGGUUUCCCAGAAUAUUGAAGUUGCCCUGAACAGGAAAAACUCCAUGACAGCUGUCAUCAAAAUCAUUGGAGAAAACAUCCCUGAGCUGCUUUGUUUAAAUCUAAGCAACAACCGGCUGUACAAGCUUGAUGACUUGGCCGAUAUUGUCAGCAAAGUACCAAAUCUGAAGAGUUUGAAUCUCUCUUACAAUGAGUUAAAGACUGAGAGAGAGCUGGACAAACUGAAGGGCCUUAAGCUGGCUGAGCUGUCGCUGGCCAAUAACCCCUUGUGUGGUCACUUCAAGGACCAGGCUGAUUACAUUAGUGCCAUACGGGAGAGGUUCCCCAGACUGCUUAAACUGGAUGGACAUGAUCUUCCUCCUCCUAUUGGCUUUGACUUGGAGGUGGCCCCUGCAGUUUUGCCCCCGUGCAAGCCAAGCUACUUCUGCUCAGAAGAACUCAAAAGCCUGAUCCUUUGCUUCCUGCAACAGUAUUACACUAUAUACGACUCUGCCGAUAGACAGCCCCUACUUGAUGCCUAUCACGAUGGAGCGACUUUUUCACUCGUCAUUCCCUUCACUAUGCAGAACCCUUCCAAAUGCAGUUUGGGAGAGUACCUGAAAGACAGUCGCAACCUCAAACGAGUGAAGGACUCCACUACACGGUUUCGCUUGCUGAAGCAUACAAGAUUGAAUGUGGUAGCGUUCCUGAACGAGCUUCCCAAGACUCAACAUGAUAUCGCCUCCUUUAAUGUGGACAUCAACACCUACACUAACACAUUGUUGUCGUUCACGGUCAGUGGGGUGUUCAGAGAAGUGGACGGUAAAUCCCGGGACUCAUACAGGUCUUUCUCUCGGGUGUUCAUCGCUGUGUCUCCUGGAAAUGGAACUCUGUGUAUUGUGAAUGAUGAGAUGUUCAUCCGAAACGCCACGACGGAAGAAAUCCGGCGAGCUUUUGUGGCCCCGGCCCCGACCCCCUCCAGCAGCCCUGUGCCCACGCUCUCUGCCACACAACAGGAAAUGCUCUCUGCUUUCUCCCUGAAGUCUGGCAUGAACCUGGAGUGGUCUCAGAAGUGCCUACAAGACAAUGACUGGGAUUUUGACAGAGCAGCUCAGAUCUUCACAGACCUCAAGAUCCAAGGAAAGAUUCCAGAUGUUGCGUUCAUAAACUCCUAAACUGUUUUGUGCAUUUUGUUUCGUUUUUUUUUUUUUUUAUAGUUUUGUUCUGAUGUAAGCAUAAGAAACUUGCGUCAACAGAAGUAUUUGUAGUUGAUGUAAUUAUUAUUAAAAUGAUUUAAUUAA